AGAGCUGGAACUAUUCUUACUUAUGGAUGCAAAAUUGUGGUCAGUGAUUAAUUUCUGUGGGCAGUAGCUUGUAUCUUGUUGCUUUCAUUCGUUCUUAUGAACUCUCUGCUCCGGUCUCCAGAAAAUUAGCCAGGGAUGGUCUGUGGCAGGGAUGCUGAGAUGGUAGAUCUGUAUUUUCCACGCUAUUUUCAUAGAAAUAAUUCUAGCAUCCUGGCUGUAGGAUCACUGAAAUAAUAUCAUGCAGUAUUUCUCUCGCCACCACAGGCACCCGCUGUGACUUCUAAAGGUGAUCAUCAAGUUAUCUUUCCAACUACUAGAUGCAUCACCCAAAUUUCAUUCAAGUGUGUUGCUUAUAACUCUAUUCCUGCUGUGCUAGCAGAGAAUUUGGUCUGCUCGGAGUUGCUGGGCUAGGAGAACAUCCAGUUGUGUAGCAGAGAGAGGAGCCGUGCAGGUGAGAAGCAGAAUGCACGCAGGCAUGCCGCACUCUGUGCAGUGUGCCACCUGGGUGCUGCAAGGGAAGGAAACACUGCCAAGGAAACACACUGCUGCAAAACCUGCGAGGGAAGCAGGGGUGUGCGCAGCGCGGCUUCAGAGCCAGCACAUGGGAAGUAGCUCGUUGUUGGCAUCUCAGGGAAUGUGGUAAUCAUAGUUGAUACUGAACAAAGUAUUUAAUGGCCUAGAUAAAAGCAUUCUGGUUGUUUAAUUGGAAAUGUCUUGCUGUUUUACGCAGACCUACUGCCCUAUUUUUAUGAGAUUUAAAAUUGCGCAGAAAAAUUGUUUCCAUGGAAGCAGAGAUCGCGAAAGAAAUAACACGCUCCUGUUUCCUGCAGGAUUCCUUUUACAGCCUGCUGUUCCAAACAGUUAACUCUUGUAGCACUGUUACAGUUUAGCACGGAUUAAAGGAAAUAACGAUAACCAAGACAAGUCCUUGAGGGACUCUGUAUAUAUACUUGACUUAUGACUUAUUUUUUUCUUUCCUGCCUUUAAAGGAAUUUUGUUCUCUGCACGUUUACAGAGAGAAAAACCUACCCGUGCAAAAAAAGUUAAUGGAGAAGUAUGCACUUUUUUAGCAAAUGAUGGAACUCAGGGAAGUUUGAAGUUAUUCCUUCUUUCCCCUUCUCUUGCCUCUGUUCUACGUUCUUCUUGGUGACUGGUGUAUUCUAAAACCACUGCUGCGUGCUUAGAUCCAGCUUUGAAGGAAGCAGCAAUUAAUGCAGUUUUUAAUUAAGGUAACAGUAGUGAGAAUCAUCACCAGCAGGGAAGUCACACCAUCUGUUUUAAUGGCCUAUCAUUUUUCUUCCAUACAUUACUUCUGAAAAACCACUUCAUUUUUCUGUUUCACUAUGUGUCUGUAAAAAAAAAAAAGGAGAAACUAUCAAAUGAUGAUGGCAGGCUGAGACCAAGGCUGAGCAUCAUGUGAGGAAAGUACUGUUACCCAAAAAUCUUCACUCAGUAAAGUGCUUUGGAAGCACAAGGGCAGCUCAGCUCUCAGCCAUACAGAAAUUGCUGUACUUCCUUUUGAAUCUGGUUAUGAGCCAUAACGUUUUAUGGCUGGUGAGGGUCUGUCCUCAGUGAGACACCUGGGAGAACAAGAACAAAGCCUACUCUCUCUGAAGUUCAUAACAUCAAAUAAAAUUAAAGGCACGACGUGAGGAUGUAGUUGAUAGUUAAAUAGAUUUUGACUUUGAAGGAAGUAUAUGGAUUUUACAUAUAUAUAUAUAUAUAAUAGGUAAAGUAAUUACUUGGAAACAAAAAUGGCAAAAGAGUUAGGAUGUGGUAAGCUACUGUAAAGAAAAAAAAAUCCUCAAGGUGGAAAACUGAAAUACCUAGUGAUUUCAUAAAUUUUUUAUCAGCAGCUCACAAUGACUUCCUAAAACUCUUCAAUACUGUUAUUUUUAUCCUAAAGGAGGGGAAGUGAAGAGGCGCAGUAAUGAGCUACAGGUCUGAAAAGGAGCCAGGAAUGAUUUAAGAACUUGCCUCAUCUUUGCUCCCUUAAGUAGCAUGAAUUUCUUUGGCUUAUUUAGAAACAGGAGUAGGUCUGUCUGCAAAGUUUGUCUCCAGGUUAUGGAGUGACAGGGAGUGUUUACAUCUUCAGCUUUAAUUUCAAACCAAUACCAUGUUAUUAAUGCUCAUUGGUAGCCAGCGUAACUUCCCACUGUUCAUAUACUCACGAGUUGUCAUUCCAAGCAGCGCUGCUCGCAGUGAUUUAAAGCAGGUCAGGCCCUUGGGAAAACAAUAGUACAGGCUAAAAGAAUUGUCUGCAAGGCAGCGCAGGAGUUGUGCAGAUGGGAGAAUGGUGCUGUAUGCUGCUGUUCACAAAAUAAUGAUUUAUAAAGCGUCUGACAGCAUUUGACAAACAGAUAGAUGACUUAAUGGUAACUGGAAAACGUGGUUUGUGCUUUGUAAAUCAUCAUUAAGACACUUGGGAGCUACUGGAGCGUACUGUGAUAGGCAUUACUCAAAGUUCAGACUGAAAAAUUUCUUCAGAAACUGCUAACAACUUUGUAAGGGUAAUAAAAGCUUGAAAAUUAGCAUUAAUAGUACUGCUUUGGGAUGAGUAGGAAAAGAGAGAAGCUUUCUGUAGUGGAAGCUGAGAUUGCUCUCCUAUGCUAAGUAAAAGUUCAUCAAACUGAUGAAGUGUUUUUCUACCUGUCACCUGAAUUGGAAGCUACUUCAGGGUUCUGUUAGAGCAUACAUAAAAUAAAACCUUUUGGAGUUUUAUACAGAUGUGAAAGUAGCAUCUAGACGGUGGAAUAAUUCAGAAGUUACGUGACGUAAGAGGUAGGAAAAAUGACAAUGAAAGCAGAGGAGUAGGAUUGCCUCAGAUAAGGAAUGGGACUCCUCCAAAAGAAAAGGGAGAAGUUCCUUACAGAUGCAUUUGUCUGCAUACUGCAUAAAAAUCCUGAAGAAGGACGAAGGCGAGGUGAAGCCUUGUCUAUCUAUAGACAAGGCUAUAUAUAUCUAAUCUAUAAGGGAAGCUCAAUGCAGGAGCUGUGCUUCGGGUCUGUUUUUGCCUCUUCCGCAUUGCUCCCUCACUAAGAGGGAUGGCAGGCAUCUGGGGAAUCAGUGCUGCCCACUUAGAAGUGACAGAUGAAAGUGCAGCUCCUCUGGCAUCUGGGCAUGAGAGACCUGUUGUUUUAGAAGAACUUGUUUGUCAGGUCUGGUUUGAACUUUGAAUAAAGGAGCAGCGUAACAGCAUGUAGAAACAAGUAGGCUCCGCUAGGAGAUAUAAGCUUGAGACCAUGCUUGUUGCCACUUCCGACUAUACCCGCACGUUGUGCCUGCGCUAUGGAGCUUCCGCUUGGAGUUAUGCUGGGUUUGAUUCUGAUGCUAACUUCAUCAGCGCAAAGCUGUACCUGCGUGACCAACAAGUGGACGCUAUGUGCCCAGGAUGCGUCUGGCAGCUGCACCUGCAAGUUGGUAGGUUCAGAUCGUCCAGUAGAUUGUUCAAGGCUGACUUCGAAAUGCUUGCUGAUGAAGGCAGAAAUGACUGCCCCGAAGUUCUCCUACAGACGCCAGAUUAAGCUGCUGGAUGGUGGCAUUUACAAUCCAGACUGCGAGGACAGUGGUAUCUUCAAAGCCAGACAGUGUGAUGAAGCUGGUACUUGCUGGUGCGUGAACACAGCUGGAAUAAGAAGAACUGGAAAGAGUGACAAAAAUUUGAUAUGCAAUGAACUGAUUAGAACAAACUGGGUCGACAUUGAACUGAAGCACAAGGAAACAUCCCAUUACUUCGAAGCUCCUGAUGUAGCAGAAGCCCUGAAACAUCUGUUUGAAAACCGAUACAAACUGCAACCCAAAUACGUCACAGCUGUUAAGUAUGAUUCCCCAUUUAUCCAAAUCCACCUAAAGCAAAAUAACUUGGAGCAGCACGAUGUAGAUAUAGUUGAUGUAGCCUAUUAUUUGGAAAAAGAUGUCAAUAAUGACUCUGUGUUUCAUUCUGAUAGCACAUUACAUGUCUCUGUUAAUGGAAAAGCUCUGGAUAUUGAAAAAAUACGCAUUUACUACGUUGAUGAAAAGCCACCAGUGUUUAGCAUGAAACAACUGCUUGGUGAUGUUAGCGCUGUGGUGGCAGCGGUGAUACUGCCUGCUGGUUUUGCCAUUAUUUUGGGGAUUAUGCUGUGGCAGCGGAGAAAAUAUAGAAAAAUGGAGGUUCAAAAUGCAUGUGAAACACAAGGACAAGCUCCACAGUUGCUCUAAUCUGGAAAAAAAACCCUGCAACUUCAGCCACAAGGUAGAGGUGGGGAGGGCAAAAUAAAAAUAAUGAACAGACUCUAUGUAUGGGAAUGGAUUGAGAGUUUUUCCCCAUUUUCUAGGAACGGACAGAGCACUCGUUUUGAAUUAUUCUAGCUUAGAAAAAAUGACUUUGCCUAUAAAUUAAUUCAGGAGUUGGUUGCUGAAAUCUGGGACUGGAAGUCCCAGUUCAGAAGCUACAAAAAGUGCAAUAGAUAUUUUGCACAGAUAUAGGAUACUUGCUCCUGUACUGCAGACCUCCUUCGCUUGCUUAAUAUUUAAGCCAAGGUUCUUUACGUGUUUGUUUAGAGCAAAAUAAUAAUAACAAUAAAAACUGUAAAAAAGCCUUCAAAGUCUCUGGAACUUCUUUUUGUCAACAGUUAAUUUUGCCAGUAUCUCUAACCAAAUCAAUUGCGAUAAAAUACUCUCUAUCACUAAAGGCUUUGAUACAGAGUUAAGUGUUAGGAAACAGUACCGCAGUCACUUCCAUUUGCACAGGGCCCUGCUUCUGAGUUUGUAUGUGGGUAGCACUGUGAGCUAUUCCCGGUUGCAGGUCCGACACUCUCAUAGCACAGAUCUCUUGAUCCCACUGUAAGUUAACCUUGUUUUUCUUCCCAAAUUCAGAUAACAGCUUUCUGUCUACCGAAAUUUCCCUUGCAACUGUAUCAGAGGAGAUAUUUUUCAGUCUUUAACAGCUUCGCAGAACUACUCCAUAAUGCUUCUUCUGCACAAGCCAAGAAAUAGAAAGCUCUAUUUGGUAGAGCUGCAAGGGGAAUUUGAGCAGAGUGUAAUUGUUGGAGUUUUGCCAAGGCACUAGAGCUGGGCGUUGCUAUCUACUCAUCUACUGCAGUCGUCGCCACCACAAAGGACAUUUUAAAGAAAACGAUGCCCGUGGUUAGGUGUUGAAAUAUUUGCAGUUAUGUUCUCCACGUUGUGUAUGAAUGCCCGAUGUCCCCAUCAACCUCUUAUGGUUGCAGCCAAAAUGAGAAUGCUGCACACAGGUGUUCCAGCAGGGUCAGCUCUUUUGUUUCAUUAAUGAGUCUCAGCAUCAGUUGUUUGUCAUUCUAAUAACAAUCAGUAAUGUACUACUAUUAAACACUCAUCUCAGAUUCUGCUGUAGAGUCCAAAAACACAACCUCAUCCCAAAUACAGAAAUCUGUCUAGGGGAAUGAAAAGGAGACUAAGAAAAGAGUGAAGAUACUUUGGCUCUGUUUCUACCUGUUUAUUAUGGAAGGGGAGUAGACUUGUAGGGUUUGGGGGCAGGGGGUGUUAUUUCUGACAGCACACAGCAUCACUACUUCAUUUCUCACCUACUGGAAAAACAUGGGAUGGGCAGAUGCAUCACUUUUCCCCCACAUUUUUAUGCAGUUGCAUUAGCAACAAAAUACAAAUAAAAAAAAAAAAAAAACAAAAUAAGCAUAACCAAUGUUAAUGAGAGGCUGUGUGCUAUAAUUUAUCUGCAUUAUAUAGCAGAGGGUAAAAUCAUUUUAACUAUGCAGAAGUAUCUGUUGCCUAAAUUAUGUUACGCAGUUCCAACUGGGAAAAGGCUGCCUUAGUUUGAAAGGUGAAAACAACUACUCCCACAGAAAGAAUCCCUGGCUCUACACUACAGUUCUGAAGAAGCUAAUGCUGCCCUUUCCAUACAGUGCUAUCUUAGUUCAACUGAAUAAAGUGGGCUUUAGCCUUUCCUUUUACCUUUUAUUUUAAAAAACAAACGUUUUUCUAACCACUGGAGAGCUGAGGGAAGUGCCCGUAGCAAUGCCCGCUUUAGAGCAAGGAAAUGAAAGAUAAGGAUUCAUGGAGAAAUUAAAAGCCUUUUAAACUCUGUUCCCUCUGUCCUCCUGGUGAAAACCAUGCCUGCUUCUAUAUGCAAGUAUGCACUCAAAGAGAUUGGCACGUAACCCCUGCAUUAGUUUGCAAAUUAUUGGUGUGUUUACGUGCAAGUAGGUUCCCAUACCUGUAUUUAAAGAUGCACAUAGCUAUUAUUAUUUUCUCUUCUUUUGGAGCAGGCAAGCCCUAGGGAAAGGUUGUGGCAGCAGAUCCUACACUUCAGCCAGCCUGAAGCCUGACCCAGCUGUUACCAGUGGUGCCACAGUCCCAACCUGCUGCUGUUCUGGAUGACAAAGAGAAUCCUCCCCUUGUCUCAUCUUUCCCCAAUUAAGACUUAUCUCUGUAUGGCUGUUUAGACUGGGACUACAGCAAGAGUAGUUUAACUACUACUGUGCCACAUCAUAUAAACACACCCCACCCAUCUCUUCUUGAUUAGAUGAUAAAACAUUAGCAUGUCUGUGAUGGUGAGCGCUUCAUGGCAACAAGAUACAAAAUCCCCCCAGUAGGUCCCUAAAAGUAUGAGAGAGUCACUUACUAAUGAUUGCUUAGAUACUGAAACCACUUUUUCAGAGAAUGAAGUAACAAAUUGACCUUUCCUUCAUUUCUCCUUAACUGGACUGGUUAAUGCUAUUGAACUUUCUUCCCUGUGCAAGUAUACAGGUACAAUUCCCCUUUCCAAACCAUUUCCAUUGAUUUGUCUUAGGGUUUAAGUACUGCCAUUACCUAUCUUUUUAUGCUAAAAUUAAUCCUGAGUUAUUGCAAUUACUUUCAGAGCAGGAAAAAUCAACUUCUGGCAUUUAUAUAACUACUCACAGCAGCUCCCAACAAAAUUCAUUGUACUGGUUUUUAUCUGGUUAAAAUUUCAUACACUUUAGGCAGCCUGACAAUAAUCACAUCUAAUUUUCAUGCCAGUCCUUACUCCCUGAGGGAUAACACUCUUACAGUCCUACUCCAGCACAAAUCAAGUACCACAGAAACAAUUAGGGAUACUUCAUAUUAUCUAAAUGAAAGAAUGAAUGAGAAUGUACUUAAUUUUCCACUGAGAUUUUUAUGUAUGGGCCCAACAAUACUGGUUUUGCUUGAAAUAAAUGUAUUCGUAAAGGCUGAGAUCAGGAAUCUCAGCAUUUUUGCUAGCCUGGUUUUAUUCAGAAAAGUCUAAGUACAACUACUAAGUCUAAGAACAACUACAAAGUAAUUGGAUGUGGCACUGAAAAUGUCUGAAACCAUUAUAAUGCACAGCACAGAAAUGCUCAGAGCUGUUUCCCCAGUCUUUAGCACACAUCUGUUGAAUUCUUUUCCCAUCUUCACAUGCUCUUUUCUGUUGUUGGAAAUAUACUAGCUUUACAAUUGUCUCAAUUCUGCUGAAGGGCUUAAGUGAAA